CUCCACCUACCGCGGGGUCCCGUAGGGGGCGGAGUCCACGUGGGCCGCGGCGCCGAGAAAUCUCCGCCCCGAGCUGGGCGGGCCGGCGUAGCGGUGCUGGGUCUGGCCGAGGGGCGGCCGCCCGCAACCGGGAUGCCAGAAGGGCCGUUGGUGAGGAAAUUUCACCAUUUGGUCACCCCCUUUGUGGGCCAGCAGGUGGUCAAGACAGGGGGCAGCAGCAAGAAGCUACAGCCUGCCAGCCUACAAUCUCUGUGGCUCCAGGAUGCCCAGGUCCAUGGAAAGAAAUUAUUCCUUAGAUUUGAUCCAGAUGAAGAAAUGGGGCCACCUGGCAACAGCCCACCACCAGAACCUCCACAAAAAGACAUGCAGAAGGAAGAGGCUGCAGACCCAAGGCAGGCCUGGGAGCCCAACGGGCGGAAGACCCCUGAUGGAUCAUCAUGGUCCGAAGAGCUGGUCCCCCAGUGUUUGGCAGGAGCCGCCCCUGCAGGAGGUGCUGGGAGCUGGCUGCGUAUCUGUUUUGGUUUGUUUGGCAGCAUUUGGGCGAACGAGUUCUCCAGAGCCAAGAAAGCCAACAAGAGGGGUGACUGGAGGGACCCUGCCCCCAGGUUGGUCCUGCACUUUGGUGGUGGUGGCUUCCUAGCAUUUUAUAAUUGUCAGAUGUCCUGGAGCUCUUCCCCAGCGGUCACACCCACCUGUGACAUCCUGUCUGAGAAGUUCCAUCGAGGACAAGCCUUGGAAGCUCUAGGCCAGGCUCAGCCUGUCUGCUAUACGCUGUUGGACCAGAAAUACUUCUCAGGGCUAGGGAACAUCAUUAAGAAUGAAGUCUUGUACAGAGCUGGGAUUCAUCCCCUCUCUCUCGGCUCCGUCCUGAGUGCCUCACGACGGGAGGCCCUGGUGGAUGGCGUGGUGGAGUUCAGUGCAGCCUGGCUGCAGGGCAAGCUUCAGGGCCACCCACAGCACACGCAGGUCUACCAGAAGGAACGGUGCCCUGCUGGCCACCAGCUGUUGAAGGAAGCGUUUGGGCCCCCAGGUGGGUUCCAGAGGCUCACGUGGUGGUGCCCGCAGUGCCAGCCCCAGUUGUCGGAGGAGCUGGAACAGCGCCAGUUCUCCUGAGGAACUCAGGGUGCUCGUCAGGGAACCUUGCCCCUUGGGGAACCUGACGUCUAAGUGUCCAGAAAGGAGGAUGUGGGCAGAGACAGGGUGCAGAGGAUAGUGUGGGUCAGGGGUGCCAGUAUGACGAUAUUCUUCUCCCUGGAGUUAUGUUGAAGGCAGAGUUUUCAUAGGGUUCGAUUUUUUUCUUCUUUUUCUAGUUCAGUUAAUUCUUCCUAUUGAAUUGCACCAUUGUGAAAGAUGAGAAAAAUGAUGGUGGGUAAGGGGAAACUUCCCGAAGGCAGUGGGGCAAGGACAGAGCCCAUGGGAAAUAGCUGUGCUCCCUGCAUGGCUUUGCAGAGAUGUGGGGUUUUUUUUGGUUUUUGUUUUGAGAUGGGCCUCGCUCUGUCUCCCUAGCUAGGGAGCAGUGGCGUGAUCUCGGCUCACUGCGGCCUUGCCCUCUUAGCCUCAGGCAGUCCCCACCUCAGCCUCCAGAGUAGCUGGGACUACAGGCAUGUGCCAGGGUGUCCAGCCAAUUUCUGUUUACCUUUUGUAGAGAUGGGGUCUUGCCAUGUUGGCCAGGCUGGUCUUGAACUUGUAUACUCAAGCGAUCCUCCCACCAUGGCUUCCCAAACUUGGGACCACAGGAGUGAGCCACCGCACUGGCCAGCUUCUGUUUUCUUUUCCAAUGCUGGUUGAUUUUAAGGCCCUCCAUUUUGGAAUGCAGGAAAACAAAAUUAUUAUUUUAUUUCUUGUUCCCCUCGAGGAUCCAGGGAUGAGGAAGAGAAUGGCCUGAGCGCAGUGCUUGGAUUCAGCUUCCUGCUGGGUCCUUCUUGCUGGACGCAGGCACCCCGAGGCGGGGCUGGAGCAGGGAGCUGUGUCCUGGGGUGCAGGGUGGUCUGUAAGGAAAGCUGCUUGUUUACUCCUUGAGUCCCUGUAUUUGUGACUGUUAAUAUGUUGAGCUCGAAUCAAGGGCUGUGGAGAAACUCCCUCAGGCUGUUGGCAACAAGUAAAUGAAGCUAGGACAGCCACACAAAAAUAAAGCUCUUUGUUAUUUUC